AUGGUCAAAGAGGAGUUCUUCAGAGUCCCGGAAUUUGGGGUGGACUUAGAGGAAACACCAUUGUUUCAUCCUACUUUGGAUGAAAUCCAGGAGUUUCUGGAGGAAAAAAUGAACACAGACUUCAAGGCUGAAACUCAACAUGAAGUUCGAGAGCUGAGGAACUGUGGUCAUUUCUUUUCUGAGCAGCUCAAACAGACCCCUAUGGUGGUCACCAACAAUAUGAGAGAGGAUACAAAGGAUGAGUCCAAAAUCUUUUCACAGGAAGAGUCCAGCAGUAAAAGCUCGGGCACCCUCACUGUGGAGGGCGGGAUACCAGUUAUACUUCAGAUCCAGCCCAUAGAGAUCAAACAAGAGUCAAACACCAGCCAGGCCUCCCCAACACAGUUUCCCGAGAACAUUAAAGUGGCCCAACUUCUGGUCAACAUCCAAGGCCAGACAUUUGCACUGGUCCCACAGCUGGUCCAGUCAUCAAACUUGUCGUCUAAAUUUGUCCGUAUCGCCCCGGUACCUAUUGCUGCUAAACCCAUGGGCCCUGGAGGUGGAUCUCAAGGACAAUCUGGACACAUGUCGGGUCAGAAGUUCCAAAAAAACCCAGCUGCUGAACUGAUAAAAAUGCACAAAUGUUCCUUUCCUGGAUGUACCAAAAUGUAUACCAAGAGCAGUCAUCUCAAAGCUCACCUACGGAGACAUACAGGGGAAAAGCCCUUUGCUUGUACUUGGCCUGGCUGUGGUUGGAGGUUUUCCCGGUCUGAUGAGCUCUCCCGACACCGACGCUCACACUCUGGGGUAAAGCCGUACCAAUGUGCUGUCUGCGAAAAGAAAUUUGCCCGCAGUGACCACCUGUCCAAACAUGUCAAGGUGCACAGAUUUCCGAGGAGCAGCCGCGCCACCCGUUUAUCAAACUGA